CGUACUGCAGGAACGCAAAGAUCAAACGAUGUUCGCCACCAAAACAAUCCACGGGCUGAUGAUCGUCGCCGUACUACUGAUCAGCACAUGCCAAGGCAUAGAUCAAUUAUUAUGUCAGCGACCAAAUACAACAAAGGAAUGCUAUGCUUCGGAGACUUAUGUCGAUGGCUGGAUAAAUACCGGGUGGUACUAUGAAUCGAAUUUGAAAGUAUGCCUACCUUUCUACACGCGGGAUGGCUGGCAUUUUUGCACGCAAAACUAUAACGUGCCAACAACCAGAGAAGCAUGCGAAUUCUUAUGUGCUCAAGAGUGCAAAAUGAUCUAUAAUGGUGCGACGGGCGUUUGCAUGCACCGUGAAAUAUGCCAAAUCACUUAUCACGACAUAAAAUAUUACUAUGCACCGAGUUCGUGCGGCAAUAGACUCUUAAAUUGCUGUCCCCUAAUAUCCGACAAAAGAUUGCACCAAUAUAGCGAUCCCAAGAAAGACCCUGAUGGUAUUCUCAUCAGUGCAAGACUCAAAAACAAUCGUCCGUCGGAUGCCCAACCAGUAUAUUACAGCUACUAUCUUCCAAUUGUACAUUUGGAUGGCAAACUCUACAAGUAG